AAAGAGAGUUCGAUCUUAAGUUCUAUAUAAGCUCUGUUGGACAGUUAUAUAUAACAUACAAACAUGAAAAUUCGAAGGUUUUGUUUAUCACAGCCACUGCAACCACAACAAACAAUGUUUUUGUUUUCAACUAGGUCAAGGUUUGUUUCUCUUUUCAUUCCCAAAAAGUUUCUUCCUUUUAAUUUCAUUCCUUCUUUUUGCUUCUCAGCUUCAACCCUAUUCCCUCAAUUCAAUAAUCCUCAUCUUGACAAUUCCAUUUCAUUGUUCAAUUCUUUGCUCCAUAACAAUCCUACCCCACCACCCAUUGAAUUUGGCAAGAUUUUAGGUUCCAUUGUGAAAGCUAAGCAUUACUCAAUUGCUAUUUCCCUUUUUCAACAAAUGGAAGUUAGGGGAAUCAACCCUCACUUAGUAAAUUGCAAUCUCUUAAUGAAUUGUUUUUGCCAAUUGGGUCAUAUAACUUUUGCUUUCUCUGUUUUCUCAAAGAUUCUCAAAAGGGGUUAUCAUCCUGAUACAAUAACUUUAAAUACACUCAUCAAGGGUUUGUGUCUCAAAGGUGAGGUUCAUAAAGCAUUGCACUUUCAUGACAAGGUGGUAGCACAAGGAUUUCAGUUGGAUCAAGUUAGUUACGGGACUUUGAUCAACGGGUUAUGUAAAGUUGGAGAAACCAGAGCAGCUCUAGAGUUGCUGAGACGAGUUGAUGGGAAAUUGGUUCAACCUAAUGUGGUAAUGUACAGCACGAUUAUUGAUAGUCUGUGCAAAGAUAAACUUGUUUCUGAUGCGUGUGAUUUAUAUUUUGAAAUGGUUGUCAAGAGAAUUUCUCCUAAUGUUGUCACUUACAAUGCUUUAAUUAGUGGCUUUUGCAUCAUGGGUCAAUUAAAAGAAGGAAUUGAUUUGUUUAAUAAAAUGACAAUGGAAAACAUCAACCCAGAUGUGUAUACUUUUAAUAUAUUGGUUGAUGCUUUUUGUAAGGAAGGGAAGUUGAAAGAAGCUAAAAAUGUGUUUCUUGUGAUGAUAAAAAAUGACAUAAAGCCGGAUAUUGUUACUUACAACUGUUUAAUAGAUGGAUAUUGCCUCGUUCAUGAAGUGAACAGGGCUAAGAGUAUACUCAACAUUAUGGCCCAAAGGGGAGUGGCUCCUGACGUUAGGAGCUACAGUAUGAUGAUUAAUGGAUUCUGUAAGAUUAAAAUGGUGGAUGAAGCCAUGAACCUCUUCAAAGAAAUGCAGUCCAGAAAAAUUGUUCCUAAUGUUGUAACUUACAAUUCCCUCAUCGAUGGUUUGUGCAAAUCGGGGAGAAUUACAUAUGCUUUGGAGCUUGUUGGUGAGAUGCAUGAUAGGGGCCAACCACCUGAUAUAUAUACUUACAAUUCUAUAUUGGAUGCUUUAUGCAAAAGCCGUGAUGUUGACAAGGCAAUUGCAUUAUUGAAAAGAUUUAAAGACCUGGGUAUUCAACCAGAUAUGUCCACGUAUAAUAUUCUUCUCGAUGGAUUGUGUAAAAGUGGAAGAAUAAAGGAUUCACUAAAGAUUUUUGAAGAUCUUUUGGUCAAAGGCUACAAUCUAGAUGUCUAUACAUAUACCAUUAUGAUCCAUGGGUUUUGUAACAAGGGCUUGUUGGACGAAGCGUUGGAUUUGUUCUCAAAAAUGAAAGACAAUGGCUGCAUUCCAGAUGCUUUCACUUACGAAAUAAUUAUUCUUUCUCUGUUCAAAAGUGAUGAAAAUGAAAAAGCGGAGAAACUUCUUCGAGAAAUGAUUGUGAGAGGUCUUCUUUAAGACCGAAAGUAGCAGAUAUAUCUCAAAAAACUGAUGAUUGUGUUGAAUGCUGCAAAUUUCAAUAUAAAUAGUCAAAAACUCAAAACCUUAUAGGUGUCUUUAAUGCUAUGAAUUCAUGGGAUUGUGAAGAACAAAAUAAGUCAAACUAUGUCUCUCACCUCCCAUAAAUCUCUUGCAUCAACUGAAGUUCUUGGUUCCAGACCUAGGUCAGUCCAUGAUGCAGUCACUCUUGCUUUCGAUGAACUCCUAUUCCAUAAGACCAUUGCUAACUUGUUAUAACUGAGAGGGCCUGCCCAAAUCUGCACAUGUGCUUCAAGAAGUGUUAGAAUAUAAGAAAUUAUCUUAGAACAUCUUAAUAUUAUGUUGGAGUAUUUUAGUUUAUCUCGUAGGAUCUGUUUCUAAUCUUAGAAUAUCUUAAAUUAUCUCGUUAGAUUAGUUUUCAUAUUACUUUGUUAUUAUAAAUUUAUAAUUAUUAUUUUUUCUGAUUUCGCUA